GUAGCAAGACAUUAAAAGAUGCUAUUAAUGAAGCUAUGAGAGAUUGGGUAACAAAUGUAAGCGAUACACAUUACCUUGUUGGUUCGGCGAUAGGGCCUCAUCCAUUUCCUACGCUUGUGAGAGAAUUUCAAUCUGUAAUAGGAAAAGAGGCCAGAAAGCAAAUGUUACAGAAAGCUGGUAAAUUGCCCGACGUUGUGAUUGCCUGUGUUGGAGGUGGCAGUAAUGCUAUAGGAACAUUUUAUCCGUUUAUAAACGAUCAAAAUGUUAAAUUCAUUGGUGUUGAAGCUGGUGGUGAUGGUAUAGAUACGGAAUUUCAUUCCGCAACCUUAUCUGCGGGUACACCGGGCGUGCUACACGGAACUCGAACAUAUUUAUUACAAGAUGAUAAGGGUCAGAUUAAAUCAACACACAGUAUUAGUGCCGGUCUAGAUUAUCCAGGUGUCGGACCAGAACAUGCAUGGCUAAAAAAUAUUGGCAGAGCUGAAUAUUCUGCUGUUACCGAUAAGGAAGCUUUAAUUGGUUUUAGAAAGUUGUCAGAAUUAGAGGGUAUAAUUCCAGCACUUGAAACAAGUCACGCGAUUUAUCAAGCACUUAUAGUCGCUCCAAAAAUGCGUAAGGACCAAGAUAUCCUAAUAUGUCUUAGCGGUCGCGGAGAUAAAGAUGUUCAAACUGUCGCUGAAUUUUUACCAAAAUAUGGACCCUCAAUUGGAUGGGAUUUACGAUUUUGA